AAGUGACUUCUUGCACCAUUGUUUUCAAGGCAAGUUCUCAUUCCCUCUACCAAUUAUUUCAAAUCUAUUAUCCCAAUUCCCAUUUUUUUCUUCAUGUUCAAUUUAUCUAUAAAUACUUGCUAAUAAGCCCCACAUUUCUCAUAUCAUUCUUCACUCCCUUAAGGACUUGAAAAUUUUUUUCUCAAGCUUUUGAGUUGGUAAUUAGCAUCAACAAAAAUGGAACAGAAGAGCCAAUCCCCAUAUCCAUUGGCACCCGGUAAUAGCCUUUCCCAAAGUGACCCAGAGUCUGUCGCGGUUCAGUCAAAAGAGGUAAAGAAAAAGAAGAGAAUGAAGUGCCUGUUGUAUAUUGUAUUGUUUGCUUUGUUCCAGACUGGAAUUAUAUUGCUUUUCGCCUUGACGGUCAUGCGUAUCAGAAACCCAAAGUUUCGAACGCGAUCAGGGUCAUUUGUUGACACAUUUGAUGUUGGAACCGAGGCUUCCCCUACCUUUAAUUUGCGAAUGAAUACUCAAUUCACGGUAAAAAAUACAAACUUUGGUCACUUUAAGUACGAGCUUGGUACUGUCACGUUUGCAUACAGGGGCACACCGGUUGGCCAGGCGACUAUUCAGAAAGCUCGAGCCAGGGCUAGAUCGACGAAAAAAGUUGAUGUUAUAGUGGAUUUGAGGUCGAGCAGUUUGUCAAAAACUAAUGAAUUGGGAAGUGAUAUUAGCUUGGGGGUUCUACCCCUGGCCAGCUACUCAAAGUUGGAAGGUAAGAUUCAUCUGAUGAAGGUGAUCAAGAAGAAGAAGUCUGCCCAAAUGAAUUGUACCAUGGAAAUUGACAUUGCCUCGAAAACACUUGGAAAUAUUCUAUGCCACUGAUAUGCUAGCUGCCUUGUUUUAGGUUAUGGACUUUGAUUUUUUGCCUAGGGAUUUUGUUUUCUUUUUUUACUUGAUUUCUGUCUUAUGUGUUUCUUUAUUUUUUUUUAUUAUUAUUUUGAUCCAAGGGGGACAUAUAUGCAUGUUGAUAUGGUAGUCCCUCGUUCGCGUGCCUGUUCUUUUUUUCUUUUUUUAUUUAUUUACCAUGGUUUUCAUGAGAAAUUAUAUUUUAAGAU